AAAAAAAGUGGGAAAGGCGAUAAAAACCCAUUUUUGUCGAUGGUUAAAAAUUAUAAUUUUUUUUCUUUCGACAUUCAUAUAUGUACAAGAACAUAAAUAAACACACACACACACACGGUAAAAAAAAAAAUAUUCAUCAUUCGAAUGUCGAUACCAGUCUUGUUAUAAUCAUUAAAAGUUUUUGAGAUUUUUUUUUUGUUUUUUUUUGUUUUUGUUUUUUCUUUUGAUUCAUUGAUCAUCGAUGAUCAUUUUGUUGUAACGAUGUAUUUGAAUGAAAAACGACGAAAAAUUCUAACAAUUCUAUUUAGUGUUUUUUUUGUAUGAUCAUUGUUACAUUAUUCAUUUAUAAAUGGAAUUCUCCUUUGUUACAUUUAAAUAAUAUUUUUACAAGAAAUUCUCGUUCCAUUCCUAAUAAUUAUAUUGUUAUUUCAUUAUCAAAAUUACGAUUUAAUAAUGACCAAUAUGGUCCAAAAUUACGUGGCCAAUUGAUUGAUGAACAAAAUGUUACAUUAGCACAAUUUCUUGGUGUUCGUUAUGCAGAAAAACCAAAAAGAUUUCGACGAGCAAGACCAGCAACAGAAUGGAUGGGCAUAAAAAAUGCUCUGAAAUGGCCACCAUUUUGUAUGCAAAAUAAUCUAAAACAAUUUGAUUAUUUAACGAAAAUUUAUAAUCGAAAUGUUAGUGAAGAUUGUUUAUUUCUAAACAUAUGGACACCGAUAUGGACAACAACCGGUAGUUCAUCUUUAACUAAUGUUAAAGAUAAUCAAAAUAUUACUACGAUGAAUAAAUCGAACAAAUUAUUAUUACCGGUCAUUAUUUACAUACAUGGUGGUGGUUUCAACUAUAUGGGCAUCAGUAUGGAAGCAUAUAAUGGUGGAAUGAUUUCAGCCAUUGGUAAUGUUGUUUUUGUUACCAUCAAUUAUCGUGUUGGUUUACUGGGAUUUUUCGAUAAUAAUCUGGAAGAUUCUGAACAUACAACCGAUCAUUAUGAUAGAAAUUUAGGUCUUUAUGACCAGAUCACUGCCAUUGAAUGGGUGAGAAAAAAUAUUCAUCAUUUUGGUGGUGAUCCAAAUCAAAUCACAUUACAAGGUCAAUCAGCUGGUGCAAUUUCAAUUGGCAUGUUAAUGAUUUCACCUGUUAGUCGUAAUCUUUUUCAACGUGUCAUACUACAAAGUGCAAGUCCAAUGAUGUUGAAACAAAUUUUUACAAAUCAUCAUUUUACACGUGUCAUUCAAUUGGCUAAUUGUACGAUCGACCAUCAUACGACAGAAAAUACGUUGUUAAUUGAUGAUGAAUAUGAAAAUGGCAAUGACAAUGAUUAUAAUAAUGAUAAUGGCGAUGAUGAUAAUAAUGUUGAUGAUGAAGAAUUUGAAGAUGAUGAUAAUAAUGGUAAUAAACAACGAAAACUUGAAACCGAAUGUGUUGAAAGAUUAACAUCCAGAAAAAUCAAUGAAAUACAAGGAGAAAUAUUGAGUAAAAAUAUUAUCAGCUUUAGUCCAUCGAUACCAAGUCAAUUAUUACCAGAAUAUGUUGAACAACAAUCUGAUAAUAUUGUACAAAAAGAUAUAUUGAUUGGUGCAAAUGCAAAUGAAUCAACAUUGUAUCUACAUCAUGAAGCACCAGAUAUAAUUCCAUUAGUUGAUGAUUUCAAUGUUAAUCUAACUACUUUUCAACAAGUUAUCGACAAAUUGGAUAGUGGUUCAAAUAAUCUCGAACGAUUAAGUUCAUUAAUACUUGAUCGUAUUAAGAAGGAAAAUUCCAAAAAUAAUGAAAAACAAAUUAUACGAGAAUUUAUGGUAUUUUUAAGUGAUUUCAUUUUCAAAGGACCAGUGUUUAAAUUUGCCAAAUUAUUAAGCGAUGAUGAUAGAAAAAAUGUUUAUCUUUAUCUAUUUCAUGAAGAAAAUCUUUCAUAUCCAAAAUGGAUUGGUUCACCACAUUGGAAUGAAAUGGAUUAUGUAUUCGGCUUACCGUUACGAUAUCCAGAUAAAUUUACCUAUGAACAACAAAUGUUAAGUCGAAGAAUGAUUCAAACGUGGACAAAUUUUGCAAGAACCGGAAAAAUGUUACGACAAAAUGGAAUCGAAUGGCCACAACUUGAUAAUAGAAAUCUACAUAUGAAUCUUAUGUCCAAUAAUGUUUCUGUUGGCAAAGAUUUUGGAAUGAAAUUUUACGAUAUAUUUGAUCUUUUAUAUGAUUCUACUUGAGAUCUUUCCGUCGUAACAAAAUGAAAAUCAAAAUUCAUGGCCAACGAUAAUGAUGAUGAUGAUGAUGGAAUUUUUGGAAAAUUUCGGCAAAAAACAAAUUUAUUGCUCACACUCACACAUUAUUUGAAUCUGUUAAAUUUUUUUCUUCUUCAUUCAUUUUGUUUUGUUUUUUGUUUUACUCACCAUAAUUUGUUUCUCAUAUUUAUUAGACAAAUGAUUCAUUCAUUCAUUCAUUUAA